AUGUGGCUGACCACUUUAAAGGAUGUAUAUGACGAAGGAUCGUGUACCUUCGGUGAUCGUCUCUUUCAUCGGCAAGUUUCGCUCACGACGAAUACGAAGCAAAGCCUUGGUGUAGAGAUGUAUCUGACUCCUGCCACUCUCUAUGCUCUCAGAUUAUCAUUGCAACAGGGAACUGUUUCGUCUGUAUUUCGUAGAAAUAUGGUCGAACGUAAUAUGACCAAAUCAGCGUAUAUCCUUGCAACUGUUGGCCUAUCUAUGAGUAUAUUUUCUGUGAGAAAAAUGUUAACCUCUAAACACGGACGUCAUUUGUAACAAGUUUAUUAAAAUCAGCAGCAACAAAUACAGUUAUAAAAAGAAAGGGAACGAUAAGAGAAUAGAUAAAAAAGAAAGAAGGAAAAAAAUAUUAGAAUUCAUUAUAUCCGAAUCAUUAUUGGCAACGGAAAUUUUUCAUCGAAUUUUAACAUCACAUUCACGCCGAAAUGUAUACUUAUUUUAUAUAUCGGAAAUCAGUUGUCUUGUAUUGUUGAACUAAUCUUUUAUAAUUGAUCUAUUAUCGUCUCCUAAAUAUUGAACAUUUCCUAAUGUAGCAUAUUAAUUAUAGCAAACUUAUAUGCGAUUUCGCAUUUUAAUACGUACUUCAAAGCUUUAAAAAAACAGUUAAAGUAACUAGAAAGUAGAAAAAAAUUGUAUUAAGCGUGCAAUAAUAUAAUUUCGCUUAAGCGAUAAAUCGGCAAUUGUUUUAUAUUUUGAAGCUUUUUAUUUACUUGAUCAAUGUCUCAUAUAAGUUGUUUCACAAAAAUAUAUAUAUAUAUAUAAAUGCGAUUUUGGACGGUAAUUUGUAAGAAUUCGAUUUAAAAAUGUUAUUUUCUGAAUGCAAAACCAAUAUCUUGUCAAGAGAAUCUUACUGCAAUUGUUGCUGUUAUUAAGUCACGAAUACUAAUAAUCAAGUUAUAUAAGCGCAACAUUGUAUACGUGUAUAGAUUGUAUUCAUUAUAUCGUAGUCAAAUGAUACAAAAUUUUUGCUACACAAAGUUGAGUCUUUAUUAGAAAAUUUUGUUUUUUUUUUUUUUUUUUUUUUUUAUCUCCUAGUCCCAUUAUGUUCCUAUAAUUGUAGUAAAAUUUAUGAUAUUUGUAGACAUGUAAAGAUAUUGAAUGAAAUUAUUAAAACAUAUAUUUGUGGAUACAUUAAAUUUUUUAGCAUUGUUAGGAAUAGUUUUUCCGUAAUUAUGAAAUAAUAAAAAGCGACAAAAUCAUAGUUAUUAGACUUAUAACGUAUAUAUUUAUUUAUAAUUAUUUUACAGUCUCACACUCUAUAUUUCUUGACGCAGUCUCAUUCAUACAUUCCUACAUACAUACGUUUUUGCAACUUCUUACUUUUAACUCGUAUUCUCAAAAAUCUCAUCCACACCAGGGAAACAUCGACCGAUUUAAUCGUCGUCAAAUACAUAUAUAUCGUACGUAAAAGAAUUUCACGUCGUCUUAAUAUGUAAAAAAAUAUUUGUUUUGUAGAAAUUAUUCUUUAGUCGAUCCUUCCCUUUGUGUGCAUGCAGCUAUUAGCACACAAAAUAUAUAAGUAGCUAUAGAAUUAAAAAUACAUAAUCGUCGGACCGCUCGAUUUUUCGGCAGGUCAAGACAUUAAACAUACAAAAUGAAAAAAACAUAACAAUAUAGUACGAUUAUAACAAUGAUAACAAUUAUGAAUUUCCAAGAAAGAAAGCACGACAGCGCUGAUAAUUUAAUAAUUCGUGCACGAUUGAAUCACAACUACUGUAAACUAAUCGACUCGACAUUCUUGUAUUUACAGAAAAAACUUUGGCAAUUGCUACACUUAAUAUACUUUGGCGAAUUAAACGCGUUUCUUAA